AUGGGCCAAGGCGCCUCAAAUCCGCCUCUUCAGUCCUGUGGCAGUCACUUGGGACUCUGCCUGCCCUCAUGGGACACUGUGAAGGUGGACUUGACUCGUGUGGACAGCGAGGCUGUACCAGGAGUCCGAGAUGCCAAGCUGCUGCCCUCCUCGCGUGCCAUCCGUGCUGCCUUGGUCAAAACGGGUGAGACGAAGAUGGAUCGAGGAAUGUUGGCAAAGGCCGAGUGGGAAAGGCAGCUUCGAGCAAAGAUCCAAGAGCGCGAGCGCCAGCAACUAGAGUACGAGCAGGCCAUACCCGCAGCAGAGACGCCAGUAGAGCUCGGUGUCAGGCAAGAUGAGCGUCUCCUUGCUUUGGAACUGAUCAAGCAGGACAUGGAGGGCGGCCGCUUGUGCGACAGGUCUCACGCUCCGGCACUUCCAGAGGAGGAGGAGAUAGAAUUGGACGAGAGUAUCGACAAGCAGGACGACAGCACAGGGCUGCCCACUUCAAGUUCCAAGGGCAGCUCCCCAGAGGACCAGCUGGAUGAAGAUGGCAAACUGCUCAACAAAUUCCUUGCUGACAACGGGUUUGACGAUCCGCACCAAGGUAGACGGAGGUUUUGGCGAACGACCUAUCCGCUGCAUGUGGCAGCAGAGAAAGGAAACACAAAGGUGGUGGCCCUACUGCUUUCAGCAGGCGUUACGGCAGACCAGAAGAACUCCUCAGGGCGGACAGCGCUAGAAGUGGCAAGGAAGAGAUUCCUGGAACGCGAUUGA